UAAAUUAAAGCAUUUUGCAGCGGCGAAUCAUAAUUAAAGUCAUCUGUCGAUGAUGCAGUUUCAAUUUAUACUGUUGUUUGUAUUGGUGCGUGGAGGGCAUGGCACGACGCUGUGGAGCUGGAGCCACGAGACGUCGAACAAAGACAUCACAGACGUACUGCAGCAGGGCUUCCACAUGACGGACACCCAGGGGAAGUUUGGCAUAGGCGCGGACGACUCGCUCACACUUGCAGAGGACCCCGAGCACUCCGGACAGUACGUCCUCAGGGUCUUUUAUGCAAAAGGUAGUUACUCCGGGAGCGGUCGCCACAGGGGCGCCCAGUUCUACGGCACGCCGAGUUCCGUGGCUUCACAUACCUACACUACACUAACACUCGAGUACGAGGUGUAUUUCCCAGACUCGUUUAGCUGGAAUCGUGGGGGCAAGCUGCCCGGACUGUGGGGCGGCACCCGUGACUGCUCAGGCGGUCGGAUAAAGGACACCUGCUUCUCAACACGGCUCAUGUGGCGGCCGCUAGGGGAUGGCGAGGUGUACACGUACGUGACCCAUAACCAAGAACCGUCCUUCGACACAUGGUGCGGCAAGUACGACCACUCAAGCACUGCCUCCUACAUGCACGUGCACUGCACGCCCUCCACGGGCAUCGAGCUUGGGCGGGGUGCCUGGCGCUUCCACCACCACAAAUGGCAUCACAUCCGCCAAGAGGUCCACCUUAAUGCACACUCGGGACAAAAGGGCUACAUCAAGCUGUGGGUGGACGGGCACGCGGAGGUGCAUGUGACUGACAUCAUAAUGCGGGACAACACGGGCUUCGACAUAGACGGGCUCUUCUUCUCCACGUUCUUCGGGGGCGGCGACAGCUCUUGGGCCAGCCCACACGACACGUACACGUAUUUCCGGAACUUUAAAAUCACCACGGAUACCAUGACGCCCUCGAACUCACAGCUAGUCGGAUAGCGGGCUCGUUUAUGUCUGACUGUUAUCUUGUUGGCGAUUUUUGCAAAUUACAUGCAUAAAUACAGAUUCAUGCGACGUU